AUGUUAUCUCUGGCGGAUUAUGAUAGCUUGUACCCCACCAAGGUCUCUCGCGACCAGUGGAUCCCUAGAUAUCGAGUUCGCGUACCGCGAUCGUUCACUCAGUUUUCUCGCUGGUCGGCACGCAAGGUCAGUCGGACGAGCGUCGCGGAGAUGGACACUGACUUCCAGUACCGUCACUUAUCCCGUCCCAAAGGCUAUAUCUCCCCGACGGUUAUGGCGCCCAAGUGGCCUCCUCCUAUAUCUGAGUGGACACCUCGGCUGGCGUGUUCGGUCCAGAUCGCGUCCUUGUACGCCCAAGAGCCUUGGGAGACAGCCACACGUCGUAUUGCGUCGAUCUCCUUCCCUCGUACCGGCUGGUUCUAUCAGCUCACCUCUCUGUACUUGGAGUUCGAGGAUCGUAACCGACAGGCUUUGCGGGAGUCGACGCACGCGAUCUUUUUUUCAGUGAACAGCGGAUUAGCGAUCCUGAGCUGGACCGGUGGUGGAAAUUUAGGAAGCAGCGUCGACCGCGAGCUGGACACCGGUGGGAGGCAAUCCUUCGAUUCAUCUCGCAAAAUAUGA